CUAUUUACGGACGCAACCGGAACAUUCGUGACCAUACCUUCUACACAUGUGUACAGUAAGAAUCCAGUGCAGUUUGCUCUGAUCUUAUUGGGAUUAAGUGUAAACCUAUUUAAAUAAGAAAUUAAAUAGCACAAACUAACAGUCCUGAGACUCUUGUGACGGCUUUGCCAACAAUAUGGCGGAGAUCGUUCAGCAGCGGAUUGAGGACAGGAUCCCUGAGUUGGAGCAGCUGGAAAGAGUGGGGCUGUUUACCAAGAAAGAAGUCAAAUCCUUAAUCAAGAGGGCAACAGCUUUGGAGUACAAGCUCCACAGGUUGAUAGUAAACAAGGACGACUUUAUUGCAUACAUUCAGUAUGAAAUCAACGUCUUGGAACUGAUUAAGAAGAGAAGAGCUCACAUACAUUACCAGUUCAAAAGAGAGGAGAUAGAGUUUCCCAUCAUACACAGAAUAAAUGGGAUCUUCAGAAGAGCUACGAAGAAGUGGAAGGCCACUAAAGGCCAGAUCAGCAAGGUGUUCUCGACUAUGCUUGCCAUCCACCCUGACAAGCCAGCCCUUUGGAUCAUGGCUGCUAAGAGUGAGCUGGAGGAUCGAGAUUCUUCUGAAAGCGCCAGACACCUGUUCCUGCGAGCUCUGCGUUUUCACCCAAACAACAAGAAAGUCUACCAGGAGUACUUUCGUAUGGAAUUGCUGCACUGUGAGAAGUUGAGGAAGCAAAAGGAACAGCUGGAGAAGGCCGAAAUGGACCUGGGUGAAUACGAGUUUUCUCCAGAGAUACUGAGUGGCAGACUGGCUGAGGUUGUCUACAAAGAUGCUACGGGAAAAAUCAAUGAGGCAGAGUUUGUCAUCUCACUUCUAAACAUAGCAGCUAUCUUUGACUUCACGAAAGAACUCCAAGACUCCAUCCUGCAAGACUUACAGGAAAACUACACCGAGGAUAGCUUGACGUGGAAUUUCAUGGCUAAGAGGCAGCUGGAGGCUCCGGGGGUAGGGGAGGAGCUCCAAACAGCCAAAGGGCGGGCCUCAGAUAUCAACCGCAGAGAGGAACGCUGCUGCCAGGUCUACGAGGAGGGUCUCAAGAGCAUGAACACCGAGCCAAUGUGGAGUUGCUAUGUGGCCUUCUGCUUGGAAAGACAAAAGAGAAAGACCAAUGUCCAAGAGCUGAAGGAAAAAAGGCAGGAAAGGCUGCUUGGAGUACUAAAACGUGCCCAUGAUGCCUCACUACUGAAAGAGGAAUAUUACAAGAACUGGGUGCAGCUCCUGCUCUCAUCGGGUGACGCCGGGGAAGCAGUAAGCGUUGCCACGGCAGCCACGCAGCGAUACAGCCAUUCGGUGUCAGUGUGGUGCCUGUGUCUGCAAACGUUAAUGCAGGAGGGGGCUGGAGACAUCAGCAGGCAUUUCCAGGACUCCCUCACACAUGUUAAUCCCAAGGAGAGUCUGUGUCUGUGGCAGAUGCAGCUUCAGUGGAGCAUGGCUAAUGAGAGUCCGGAGGAUACAGAGGCCAUUUUCAAAAGAGGCCUUCUGUCUGAUGUGGCAACUGUCGCCAUGGAGAUGAAAGAGAGCUACCUUGAUUGGUCCUACUCAACUGGAGGCUAUAAAAAAGCAAGGAAGACAUUUACAAGCUUACAAGAAAAUCGGCCCCUGCCCAAGACCUUUUUCACCAAAAUGAUUCAAAUCGAGAAGAAUCAAGAGACUCCCAAGAUGAACAAUCUGAGAGACUAUUAUGAGAGGGCGCUGCAGGAGUUUGGCACGUUUGACGAUGAUCUGUGGUUGCAGUAUAUCCAGGACGAGGUUGGGCCACUCGGCCAGCCAGAGAACUGCGGAAAAAUCCACUGGAGAGCAAUGAAGUUUUUGGAAGGGGAGAGUGUGGAGAGAUACACCGCCAAAUAUACUCUACUACAGACUGGACACUUGUGAGGGAGGUUCUGGUUAUGGAGACAGCCACAUUUGCAACAAACAUGGGGCUUCUCCUGCUCAUGAAGCUUGAGCUUUACUGUCAGGUUACAAAUGGCCUGCUGGUUCCUCUUAAUCAUUCUGUGUUAUAUAGUUUAGUUUUGAUUGAGCUGAUUUUUGCCAUGUUCUAACGACUAUUAACUUUUGAGUCUAAACAUCUACUGUGUUUCAUAAGAAUACCAAUCUUCAAAAUAUUUACUUUAUUGGGAAAGUCCAGUUUUAUUGAAUUCCACAUUUGUCAUUUUUUGGAAUACAAGCUUUGAUGCUGUUAUAACAUUAAAACAGUCUUUUGUCUGAGAAUGUUUUCUGGGACAGUGGCAUGACACAAAUACGAAAAUAUAACAACGUUUAUUUGCAGAAAAAAAGUCCUGAGCCACACCUCAUUUCUUCAAAGGAGCCAAAAUUUCUGCUAAUCUUCAAAACUAAUCUUCUUUUUUUAUAUCUUAAGUUCGGUAAGGCCUUGUACCCAACCAUUUUGAGAUGGAAACGUUAGUUUGUAAGUCAUAUAUCACUAACUUAUAAAUCUCUUGAGCAUUAACAAGGGAUCUAACUCAAUAAAUGAGCCAGUGGUCUGUCUAUAUAUGGGAGACAACUUGGCAAAGAACUCAUUUUAAAUGGUUUCUUUAGGCACUUUGUAACUAACAGUUGUUCACACAUUUUGAUACAUUUCUUUAGCAUAUAGACUUUGUAAAUACAAAGUGCAGCAGAUAAACAAAUGUCGACAAACUUGAAAGUGUUUUUUGCACCAACAAUGUGAUUCACAAAGAGAAUUUAGAUGUCCACAUUCAAUUUUUCUGCAUGGCAAGUAGAAGAAAGAAAAAAGGAAAAUUGGAACGUGAAAGAAUUUAUGGCCAACACCUGAUACAGGACCUGAGAGAUACAUCAUGAUAUUUUGUUAAUUCAGCUGCUGUCCAUUGAUGCGUGGUGAGAAAUAUUCUCCAUUGAAGGUUGGCUGUGAAGAAGCAAGUCUUCUGGUAGGUUAACACAGGGAAAAUACACAAGUACCAGAGUUUUAGUGGAGUGUUGAAUUCAAAUUGGAAUGGUUUUACUUAAAAUGGUCUUUUUUAUAUGCAUGUAAAAAAGUAAGAAUAACAGAAACAGUAGAGGUUCAGUGAUGGUGUGAACCUGAAUUUAGCCAAUGGAAUGGUGGGGAAUCCUGUGAAAAUGAGUGGAAAUAUGAACACCAGACUUUGAUCUACCAUGCAAUAUUAUGUGGAAAGCUUCUAAUUGAUAAUGUCUCAAUGUUUUAGCAGACCAUGAAUCCCCAAAAAACUCUUUAAACAUUAGUUAUUGUUUAUAGAAAAAAAACAAUGCAUUGGCCCCCACAAAGAGCCCACUUAGCAAUGUGGGAUAAUGAUGAUAUACAAGGUGAAUUAAAAGUUGCAAAAAAACAAGGUCUUUCAGAAACAACUGGAAAAAUGACAGAUCUUAAUUACCCAGUAAGCAAUGGCCUUUCUUAAAAACCUGUAUUAGAAUCUCUGGAGAUAUUAAAUGAUGGGAUCCUGUGCCACCAGCUCUAUUCAGCACCAGGGACAGCACAUUGAACAUGUGAAAUAGCUGUGGAUCGCGACAAGUGUGUGCAGUUGUUGCUACAUACUGUGUUGAUUACUUUUGAAACUCAAAAUAUUUAGUAAAUCUGAUUGCUGCAAUAGAUUUGUGAGACAAGUUUGGUCUUUGAUAUGUUACAUGACCACCUUCCCAUUGGAAAAGCUUGCCCUAGAUUCAAUAUGGCGACUUUCAAUAUGGAAACUUUAAAAAAGGGCGGACCCCCUCAUCCAUAACUUGCUCAGUUGGUCAGAUAUGUAAUUUCCCCUUUAGUUUCUGACAUAAAAUGGUGUCCUGUGACUUGGGACUCACCUUGGCAUGUAAAACUAUAAAAGAAAUUAGUAGAAAUCUUCACUAAGAGUGUUAGGGCUGAGAUAAAGAAUAAAAGUGCACAUACAAGAUUAAGAAUUAUUGACAUUCAACGGGCAGAAGAAUUGUGCAAGCUCCUUGUUUUCCUUAAACAAGUCAUUUAUAUUUUGUUUGAAUAUCUUUGUAAAAUAUAUAAUACAUUUUCCCUGUAAUAAAGAAAUGAGGAAUGGCACAAGACUUUUUGCAAAGUACUGCAGUUCUCAUUGGCCAACUUCCUUCAGCAGGUCUUUUGGCAGGUUAGCAACACUAUGUAAUUUGAACAAAAAAAAAACAAACAAAAGGGGAUAUUCCCAAAAACAUACUUGAUACUACAUUAUUAACCAGUGUUUGCCUACCAUGUAUUACCUCAUUUAAAUUGCAGGUUUUUAUGGUACAAAAUGUCAUUAUGGGACACAAUCUAUUAAUACAAAGCAACAGUAGUACGCCUAAGAAUUGCCUUCAGCCCCCAAGUAUACAUACAGUGUUUAAGGACACUUAAAAUUAGUGCUUUAAAAAAAUAGCAGUACAACUACAUUGAUGUAAGUAAUGAGGUAUAACAAAAUGCUCAUGGAGAAAAUAGCAAUGAAUCAAAACUGUUGGCAAUACACACAUCCAUCUAUAAAAUUGUAUCACAAAAGGUUACCGGACAUGUUUUUGCUCAUCUGACAUCCAAAAACAAAUUAAAAAAAGGGAACAGUCAUGGACAAAGUCUUAUUGAAUUAGUAGCGGGUCUCUUAUAAUUCAAUUGAGCUGAUGCUCAUCUUGGCCAGUACACUUGCAAAAGGGCUUUAAGAUCUUGUGAGUCUAAUUCUCCAGUUAAGAAAUUGUUAAAUAGUGAAGAAAAAAAGAUCAAAAGAGACCCUUUUGCACAAUUUUGGGGUGAAAGGUUGAAAUGAUUUAAGGGACAUCGUUGUUUUAAAUACCUUCACCUUUUCAAAUGACACCAUCGUUAACACCACAUUAGGAAUAUCAAGUAUUUUUUUCAUAUCUCAUUUGGGCUUUAAGAGAUAACGAAACCAAACAAAAAAAAGUUAAUUUAAGGCAGACAAAUAUAAAUUUCAAUAGCGAUCCCUUUUAAAAAAAAUAGUCAUGCUGACGUUUUCUCUGUAAAUAAUUACUGACUAUAUAUAUAUUGCAAUGGUUUUGUAUGAAAUCAACAGAUUAUUUUGUUCUCUAAAAUUCUAAAAGCAACUAAUUGCCUGAAGUCAUAUCCUGCAGAAAACUAACCUGAGAAAAUGUUAAAUUUGUUCAGAUAUCUUUUUGCUCAACACUCUGAAAAACUAGAACUGGGACUGUAAUUCCCAAACAGCUAAUGGCUGCUAAAGUACACUUCAAAGUUUAUUUUAGGGGUUUUCAACUUUUAGGAAUAUAUCUGACUUUGCCUUUAGAAUUACAUAUGAAUUCCAGUUCUAAAAUGAAAAUGUUUUCAUAUUGGGACAUUAAUUAUGCCUUCUUAUGAAUGUUAACUCAUUGUGCAGAGCUAAGAGAAAUAUUCGAGAAGUUCCACACCAUGAACAGAUCAUAAGUGUUUCCAAGAUAUUUAGGAAAAGGUAGUGUAAUAACUAGAUGAUAAUUGAAAAAAAAAAACUUCAUAGUUUGAUCGUGAUUUUAGAAAUCCUAUUGCUUCUCACAACUUUGCUGGAAAAUAUGGAAGGUGCCCACUUUUCCUAUUGGUCAUUGUGGAAGCAGACCACCAAUCACAGCUCUUAAGAGCUUUAAAGAUGUAUUUAA